AUGUUUGAGCAGCGGCGAGCAGAAGCUGCUCGUCAUUAUCAAUUCGAAAAUCGAUUCGACGCGAUGUUGGCGCCGUUCUUCGAAAAAGCGCCGUCGCUGAUCAUCUCGCCCGACGGCUCCGUCCUAUUCGAAUGCAUUUGCAACGCGAAUCCGCAGCCGACAAUCAAAUGGUUCCUCAAAGAUAAAGAGCUCGUCGGCGAUCGAUAUGUGCAGAAGAUCAAAAAAAUGGUGGGCAAGUACACGGUGACGCUGCACAUCAAAAAUCCGACGCAGGAGGAUCAGGGCGUUUAUAAGGUGGUGGCGACGAACUCGCACGGCAGUCAUUCGGUUGAGCAGCAAUACAUUUACAAGUGCACUGGGAAACAGGUCUUCAAGACUUUGGAUUGA